UUUGUGGUAAAAAUUGGCUUAGUAACGUUGAUGUCAUCUAGCAUCUUCCAUAGCAUCAGCCUUUACGGUGCUAGACAGCGGGUUAAUCUAGGUAGGUGCUAGGUACCUGAUGCUAGAGGGUCCAAAUAAGGUAGUUGUAGAUAUAGUUGAUUUCAAAGCGUACGCCGUACCUACCUCUACCGAAGGUAAUCUUUAUCUGAACCGAGUAUAUACGAGUAAUAGUUAACAUCAUCGAUAAACUUGACAUUUUUAUACACAUAAUCGAAAUAUUAUAUAUCCAUCGCAAAGCCGUAUUUGGUUGGCCGAAACCCUUUUAAAAGGUUUUGAGACUCGUAUAUAUUUAUAUGGAAAAUAUAGUAUUUAUAUAUAAAUAAGACUUCUCCUUAAAUCAACAUGAGUAAUACGAUGAAAGCAGUCGACAUCAAAGGCGGCAAAGGGCCCGCCACCUCUCUCUUCAUCAACCCCCAGACCCCGAAGCCGGAACCCAAAGAGGGCGAGGCCCUGGUGCGCGUCAGAGCCUUCGGGCUGAACCGCAUGGACCUGAUCCAGCGGGAGGGGAAGUACCCGGUGCCGCCGCAAGCGCCGGCGACGCUGGGCGUGGAGUUCAGCGGGACGAUCGAGGCGUUCGGGCCCGGCGCGCACGGCGGCUUCGCGCACGGCGACGCCGUGUUCGGCCUCGCCUACGGCGGCGCCUACGCCGAGUACGUCGCCGUCAGCGCCAAGAUGCUCCUGCACAAGCCCGACGGCUUCUCCUGGGAGACCGCCGCGGGGAUCCCCGAGACGUGGAUCACUGCGACGCAGGCGCUGCACUUGGUGGGUGAAUUCGCACCCGGGAAGAGUGUGCUGUGGCAUGCAGGUGCUAGCGGUGUCAGCAUCGCAGGGAUCCAGCUCAGUCUCGACAGCGGUGCGAGCGCGGUCUACGCGACGGCCGGCACGGACGAGAAAUGCCGGUUCGUCGAGCGCGAGCUCGGCGCCACCAAGGCGUUCAACUACAAGACGCAGGACUGGGCCAAGGAGAUCCUAGAGGCGACGGGUGGCAAGGGUGUUGACCUUAUCGUAGACUUCGUCGGGGCUAGCUACUUCCAGAAGAACCUGACGGUUGCGGCAAGAGAUGCCCGAUGGGUUGCCCUCGGCAUGAUGGGUGGUACCCGUCUUGACGGGGUGGAUUACAGUAUGCUACUUUACAAGCGAAUUCGACUUGAGGGUAGUACGCUGCGGAGCAGGGACCUUGAUUACCAAGGCCGGUUGAGAGACAAGCUGGCCGAAUAUAUUCCUCACUUUGAAAGCGGCAAACUAAAGGUUCUGAUUGAUACGGUUCUACCUAUGGACGAGAUUGUCAAGGCGCACCAGCUGCUGGAGGAAAAUAAGACGACGGGGAAGAUCAUUUGCACAGUUCCAUAGAAGGAAGGUAAUAUACCUGUUAUACGAACAAAAUCUCAAGCUUUAUUCAUGACCGGAAUCUGCGCAACUGCUGGACUUG